CGAGGUUGUAGUUAUGCAUUGGAUUCGUCGAGUAUUUUCUUGCUUCAUUGCUGACAAAAAUGGAAGGAUUGCCCCUUUUACCUGGAUACUCGUAUAAAGAUCCUACAAUAAGUGAUUUCAAAUUAAAACAACAAUUCGUAUGUGAGAAAGGAUACCGAAUUCUUCGUCAUUCGGAUUAUGGGGCUGGGAGAAAACCCAAUGCUUCAGCUGGCACCGCAUUCGCACCGGGCUUGGACGCAGAUCCUAUCGAAUACGAUCCAUCUUUGACGUAUGGGCGAAUUCGUGAGCGCCCUUAUAGACCAGUCAUUCCAAAGUAUGCACUUUUUGCUCAAAAGUGCUUGAAUUUCAAGGCUUUCUUUCGUCAAGGUGUUUUCAAUUCGCCCGACGAGCAUUAUCGUGUACGACACGUUAAUAUAAUAUAUUUUCUCGAGGACGAUACAAUGUGCGUGAUGGAACCGACCAUCGAAAAUUCAGGCUUCCGACAAGGCAGACUCGUUAAACGCGGUAAAAUUCCUAAACAUCCUGAUGGUCGAGUUUAUCACUGGAAAGAUCUUGACAUCGGUAUCGAUAUGGUGAUAUAUGGCAUUGUUUAUCACACCGUCGACUGCGAUUUAUUCACCCGAGAAUUCCUUCGGAGCCAAGGAAUCGACGUGGCCGAUAAAGAAGAAGCUCCGGUCGAUCCUUACACGCAACGCAUGUUAGAACGUGAAAAAUACUACGACAAAGCGAAACCGGCGGCUCAAGCUCAAAGUCUUAUCGGUGAUUCGAGGAGACGAUUCCUCGAGUUCGACGGUAUGGUCUUGCGUUUCGACGCAACCUGGAACGACGACAAAUAUCAAAUAAUGUACUUUUUGAUGGAUGAUACACUCGCCGUGAAAGAAGUAUACAAAGUGAACGUCGGCAAAGAUCCAAUCCCACUGUUACUCAAACGAACGAGGGUGCCAAAAAAUUGGAAAAAUAUUCCAUCCAACCACCCGUCUGUGUACUUGGAAAUCGGAGAUAACGAAGUCGUGGAAUAUUACACUCCCAAGGAUUUCAAGAUUGGGGAAACGAUAUUUAUAUACGGUCGACGUUUCCUUCUUCGCGACUGUGAUGCCUUCACAAGAAAAUAUUACGCAGAGAUGCUGUGCUCACCGCAGCCACCGGGAAUAAUCGAAUCUGUGGAUUCGGAGAAAAGAGAAGAGGCGCCUCAAGCAGCAUAUGGAAGUCCGGAAGAUACGUCAUCGAGCAGUCAAUCAGUCGUUCCAAAACCACCGAAACAAGAUCUAAUUCGACAGAUCAGUAAUGCACCACAAAAGCUUCGAUAUCUUGCAAAAAUGGACGCGGUACAUCCGGAGGAUGAAGACCGAGAUUUUAUAAUAGAUUAUUUUUUGAGCGAUGGAAAGAUAACGAUAAGCGAGCGGCCGAAACGAAACUCGGGUCGUCGGAGUGGAUGUUUUUUGUCAAAGAGUCUCGUUCCAAAACCAGAAACAAGAAGUGACCAUCCGCUCUAUUACACGCCGGAAGAUUUGUUCAUAGGUGCUAAAAUAAACGUCCACAAUCAUCGUUUCAUCGUGACGGGAAUCGAUCUAUACGUUUAUCGUUUCGCCGAGGCUAAUCCUGACUUAUUUACUCGAGAAUAUCGGGAUAAUUUACGUAAUUAUGCAACUUCACGAGGAUUAUUGGCCGAUGACAUAUCGCAACAAGCUCUGAGAGAAAUUGAACGAGGCACUGAUACGGGACGAGAUAGUGCCGUCAUAGGGGAUGGAAACGAAUGCCAACGGACGGACGAUCCAAUUCGAAUUUGCGAAGCUGAACUUGCUCGCAAUGAAAGAGGAGACGAGCAGCAACGCUGCAGAGAAUUACUCCCAGAGCCUGAUCCGAGUCCAGCCCCAGAAACUUGUUUUGUGACCGAACUAGAAAUGUUGCCACCCGAACGGAAAAAAUUAGUCUGGGCUGAUCAGGUCGACGUGGAUUCCUCCGGACAUCCUAUAGUUUCGUGCCACCCGGAAUUGCCUGAAUGCACGAAACGUCCUCCACGAAAGAGUUGUCUUAAGAUUCGUAAUAAUAAGAACGAAGAACCAACCGUCCAAGUAAAAUAUUAUUUCUAUCCACGCAUCCUACCCUUUUCUUUCAUCCUUUGACUCGUCGUGCAGCAUAUAUUUUCUCCCGAAAAAUUUACCUUCGUAGAGUUAUUGAAUUAGUCUUGAUACGAACGACGAAACAAAUAUGUUUGUCUGUGAAUUUUGGCAAAUCAAUCGAAUGAAUUACAGGUUGAUACAUCGUUCGCGUACGAGAAUCCCAGAGACCUUUCCAAGUCGCGGUUAGUCAAACAAGAGAAGCGAGAUAAAAGUGACGAAGAAAAGGUUCCAAAAAAUGUUGUCUCGCAACCCUGUUGCAUGAUCCCUGCUCCCAGAUAAAAAAGAUCGAAGAUGCUGGAAAAUUGCAGAGGUUUCGAACUAUCUUUUUUCAAGUACCUCACAAUGAGCUCGAUAACGAAAGCAUAUAAUAAUUAUUGGCUAUGUUAAUAACCCCGAUGAUAAUAAUAAUGCUUAUCGAUCUUUCGCA